UUUUUAAUAGUUUUUACAGUCAAGGAUGUCAACAAAAGUAGGUUUUGUAAGGUGAAGCUCACUUCUGGGUUCACAUUUAUCCCCUAAAUAUAAUUACAGUAUGACUGUCUAGUUAUAGUAUACAUUUGCAUCUAUGGUUAAGUAUUUAAUAUAUUUAGAUGUGCUGAUCAGGCUAUAUACAGUCAUGUACAUCAUUAUCUGACCAAGGGCUUGCAAAUUGCAAACCAGUGUCCGGGACUAAUUUCUUUUAAUAUUAUCAUGAUAAUGAAACAAAUUGCUUUUGUGUUUUUCUUGAAUUGCAGUGCACCUGUAUAAGGCAUUGUACGGGUUUGGGUUUGUGCAAUGGACUUCAACAGAGACUUUGACAGUUUUCCAGACACUUCCCUGGUGCUCCUUUCCUUUCUUAAGCAAAAAGGCUGCCAAAAUAGCCAGCUUCAAAGAGAGCUCGUUUAUCUUGAUGAACAACUAAAUCUGCCUACAAAUCACAAUUAUAUUGAGAGUGAUGAUGAAAUACAAGCGGAUGGACACAGUUUCUCAGUCAGCUACAGAGAACUUCUACAUGAAUUUCAGAAUCAAGUUCAGCCUCAACUACCAGUCAAUGCUGAAGAGGCUCAGGCAGCGAGGGAAAUGGCUGCAGAGUUGAUCAGAAUUGCAGACCUGCUUGAGCAAAGAGUCCUGUCCCAAGCUGCUGACACUUUGACCAAGAAACUAUACAGAUCUCAAGAGCAGUUGUGGGGCAGACAUCUGUCUGAUGGAGUGCAGGGCUUACUUCACCAGGUGUCAGGUGCCAAUGAGUUUAAGAGGGAACUUGUGGAGAUGGCCUUCACUUUUGUGCUUAUGAACACUGUUUGUGAACAUGUGCCUCAAUUUUUGUUUGGUCUUUACAGCACAGUGGUGCAGUAUUUCUUACCACCCAGAUCCCACUGAUGAGCUCUUUGUUCCAGUUAUUCAUUUAUGGAAUGUGCAUAUAUGUAUAUAGAUAAAUGAUACAUUUGAAAUCUU